AUGGUCAUUGUUCGCUGCCUCAUUGUUGUUGCUGCCAGUCUGAGCUGGCCUUUACAUCAAUUGGACUCAAAAGCCGACUAUUCCUUGUUCAUAAAAAAUGACGGUACAUAUCUCACUAUCCUAUUUAUCUAUGUGGAUGCCAUUUUAAUAACCGGAAACAACAUUGAAUCUAUCAAAGCUUUAAAGCAGUUUCUUUAUACUCGUUUCCUCAUCAAAGACCUUGGUGAUCUGAAAUUCUUCUUAGGCAUUGAAAUAGCACGUUCCAAGAAAGGAAUUUACAUUUCCCAGCGCAAAUAUGAUUUGGAAAUUAUCAAAGACAGUGGAUACCUGGGUGCUAAGCCGGUUGAAUUUCCUAUGGAAGAAUGCAAACUUUCAGAUAAAGGAGAAUUGCUUAAAAAUCCUUGUGCAUACCAACGUCUAGAUGGUCGAUUGAUUUACUUAACCAUCACUAAACCUGAUAUCACAUAUUCAGUUCACAUUCUCAGCCGAUUCAUGCAUGAACCACGUCAACCUCACAUGGCUACUGCUCUUCGAGUUGUUCACUAUUUAAAAUCAGCUUCUGGUCAAGGUUUGCUUCUUCAUUCCAAUAACCCGUUACAUUUAAAGGCAUUUUGUGACUCUGAUUGGGCGGGUUGUCCUAUCACUCGCCGUUCCACCACUAGGUAUUGUGUAUUCCUUGGAAAUUCCUUAAUUUCAUGGAGAACCAAGAGGCAAAAGACAGUUUCUUUAUCAAGUGUGGAAGCUGAAUACAUAGCAAUGACAGAUCCUAUUACUCUUUUUUGUGAUAAUCAAGAUGCCUUACAUAUUGCAAAAAAUCAUGUGUUUCAUGAGAGAACUCGGCAUAUUGAAAUGGAUUGCCACUUUAUUCGGGACAAAAUUUUACAAGGUGAAGUUGUUACUCGAUAUGUGAUUUCUUCACAACAAUUAGUAGAUGUGUUUACAAAAGCUUUAGGUAAAGAGAAGUUCAAGCAGCUCAUAUGCAAGUUGGGAGUUAUUGAUAUUCACUCUCCAACUUGA